CCAGAGCCUUUGGUUGGGAAGAACAUGGAGAGAAGGCUGCAUAAAAUUAGCCGCCAAGGUGAUUGCUGAUUUGCUCUGCGCUGAGCGGAAAUGCUCUCGGUCUGCUUUCUCGCUGCUUCCGCCGGCGCCGCGACAACCGCAAGAGUCUGCGAUUCGCCGCCUCGAUCCCCCCAUUGGGGUCGCCGUCAAUGCCGAUGGGAGCCCGGGAUAUAUUCUCCCCCCGGUGCCCUCGAGGUGCCCCCCGUGCCAGCAGCAGGAUCGAAUGUACGCUGUAAUCUCCCGAAUAUACUCCGCGGCGCGCAGCCGUCUCGAGGCCUUAAUAGCCGCGCUCCCGGGCAGCCACGAUGACGGCAGCAGGCGGGGUUCUCGACGGCGGCGGGGCAGGAGCAGCGCCACCAGCACCCCGCUCAGCUCGCCCAUGUCGAUGUGCUCCAUCAUCGGCGCGGGGGACGACCAGGCCACCCCCGCGUCGUCGUCCGCGGCCUAUAACACCCCACAGGGCGGGGCGGCCACGCCCGUGACCCUGCCGCCGCUGCUGCUGCCGCCGCCGCAGAUGGUGGUGGUGGCGCUGGACGCGACUAGGGACCACCGGGAUGAGGAGAUCAGGAUCGCGCUCAGGGGGCUGCUCGCGCGCGGGGACAUACUGCGCGGCGGUGACUCCCUCCUCGUGCUCGGCGUGCUCCACUUCGUCACCCAUCCGAUGGGCUACCAAACCAAAGCAUGUACUGAUUCUUUUGCUGGGAUGAGUGACCGAUACCUAAAAGAUCAGGUCGUGAAAACAGCUGAUUUCUACCAAAAUAAGCUCCGCCAAGAUGCAGAGGAGCUCCGCAAAGUUGGGAUUAGUGUGUCCCUCAAGGUGUACCCUGGAUCACCUGCGAAAGUUAUCAUUGUCCAAGAAGUAAAUUCCAGCAAAGCUGCUUGGGUUGUCUUGGAUAGGCACUUCAGAAGAGAUUUCAGGCACUUAGAAAAGCACAUAGCUUGCAAGGUUGCGGUAUUUGAGGAUAACUUAUCAGUGAAACAAUUGAAGAUAAUGAGAACAAAUCCGUCGAGCAAAAGCACAGGAGAAGUGAAGGCCCUUGAACAUUUAUCAGAGACACGUGAUCUGUGUUCAAAGACAAUAGAUGCUGACACUCACAGAGUGUCGAUCAAGUCAUCUCCUGUAAGUUACCUUGCCUCUCUAACCAACCAUGAGAUCCAUGAGACCUCCAGCGUGGUUGUCAGCGGCAUGCCAUACUUGGCGCCAUCAAUGAGCGGACUGUAUCUUACAAUUGACGAUACUGAAUCCUUCUCAAAUGGAAAAUAUAUGGAGGCAAAAAUGACCUCCCAGUAUGAUUCAUCCGCUAGACCAGUUCUGUGCACCGGUUGUGGGCUAAAAUCAGUUCCUUACAUCAAGGAAUCCAUGAAUUUUCCCUUCUCAGAAAUUCAAGCUGCAACAUCUACCUUCUCAAAAGAGAAUUUGCUGGGUGAGGGUGGAUUUGGACAUGUGUACAAGGGCCAGCUCAAGGAUGGCCAGGUCAUUGCUGCCAAGCUGCGCAAAGAAGCUAGCUCGCAGGGCUAUACUGAGUUCUUCUCUGAAGUGCAAGUUCUCAGCUUUGCCCGGCACCGAAAUAUCAUCAUGCUGCUUGGGUAUUGCUGCAAAGAAAGCUACAACAUCUUGGUGUAUGAGUAUAUAUGCAACAAUUCUCUCGAGUGGCAUUUAUUUGACAAGUCUGCAAGCUUACUAGAGUGGCACAAGAGGCAUGCUAUUGCCAUCGGUAUAGCAAAAGGGCUGCGCUUUCUGCAUGAGGAGUGCCGUGCCGGUCCAAUAAUUCAUCGGGAUUUGCGCCCAAGCAAUGUACUGUUGACACAUGACUUUGUUCCUAUGCUUGGGGACUUUGGUCUUGCAAAAUGGAAGGCUGGCAAUGGUUCCAUUCAGACAAGGAUUCUGGGGCAAUCAGGAUACUUGGCGCCUGAGUAUGCUGAAUAUGGCAUAGUUUCUGUCAGAACAGAUGUCUAUGCCUUUGGGAUUGUUCUUUUCCAGCUGAUAUCUGGUCGGAAGGUGCUUGAUGAAUGUGAAGGACAGUGCGCACAUAUAUUGCAAUGGGCAGAACCGUUGGUUGAGAGUCUUGCACUUCAUGAAUUAAUUGAUGAUUGCAUUAAAGAUACAUAUGAUACGUAUGGGUUAUAUCAUCUAGCCAGAGCCGCAUAUCUUUGUGUCAGGACGAACCCAGAGCAGCGGCCUUCUAUGGGAGAGGUUGUCCGUCUUAUUGAGACAGAAAAUGAGCAUAUCAGGGAUUUGUCGCGGCAGUUCAUCCCACAAUUUACAAAGUGAUGUAGUAAUAGAAUGGAAAUCCUUUGUUGUGAGAUCGCUAUUGAAGUUCCUAUGCUGCCCCAACAAACUAAGCUCAAAGGAACAUUCCCUACUCUCGUAGGUCAAACUAACACUAGCUCUCUUUUCCUCCCUUUCAUUUCUACGUCUCCUUUGUUUGCUUAAUCCACACAUAUAACAGUGUAUAUUUGGGGAAUUACCUCGUCCCUUUUUUGUUG